UUCUUCCAACGCAAGAAGAAGAAAAGCGAGAGAGUGGGAGGAGAGCAGGUAGAAGCAGAGCAGAGCAGAGAGAGAGAGAGAGAGAGAGAGAGAGCAAGCGUCUCCUAGGGUUUCUCGUGGCGCUCGGCUCGAUGGCGAUGGCGGUGGUGGCGGCGGCUUCCAGGGUUCAGGCGAGGCUGGCGGCGAGGCUCGCACCGCGGCGGCUCCUCUCCUCCGGCGGCAAGGUGCUCGGCGAGGAGAAGGCUGCCGAGAACAUCUACAUCAAGAAAAUGGAACAAGAGAAGCUGGAGAAGCUUGCACGCCAGGGUCCCAGCCCAGGAGAGCAAGGCUCAUCUACUCCUGCCGCUGAUGUGAAGGCCGAAGGUGGCCCAACUGCUGGUGCGUCGACCGUCAAGAACAAGAACUACACUCUCAUCGCAGGUGCUGUUGGUGUUCUAGGUGCCAGUGCCAUAGCGUGGUAUCGCCUGUCAAAGCCUGAGAAGUCAGAAGAGGUUGCGAACUAACUUGGGCCUUGCUGAUAGAGUUCCUGUCCAGUUUCUCCUUUCUUUUACUCACCUUAUGCACCUGCACUACCUUUUGGAACUAAACUGAGGAAAACCAUGUGACUAUUUCGGGGGAUGUAAGUAACACCAGACAAAUGUUAGUUUUCGCGUAGUUUCUACCAUAUGCAAUCUCAUGAUAGGCAAGAAAUUUUUGUGCCGUUUGAACUCAGUUGCUGGGUGAGGUAUAACUGCCUUUUUUGGAGGGUGAUCUUUUUGAUCUGUACGGAGUAGAAGAUUGUGCCCUUUUUGUCAUAGCAACAUUAUUAUCUGAUGAGAGAUAUAUAUGAAUGGAAUGAAUCAAUGAAUGAUCUAUAUGAAUGGCUCUUC